CUCCAUUGUUUUGGCUUUUUUCAUACAUCUGUGUAAAGUGAUGAAUCACGCGUAAAAGCGGAAAUGUGCGUUGCAAAAAGUUGAAGGCUAUAACGGUGGAGAGCAUGUUCGGAAUGGAUUUCCAUGCGGUACCAAUUUUGUAAACAAAGAUGUGACUCUAUAUUGUACUUGAGAUAACAAACACUCGGAAAGAGGGCGCAAUGUUGGGAUGUAAUGUGAAGUUAAUAGUGUUAGGGACGGUGUGUCUUCUGACACACACCUCCCCGUUCAACACUUCGUCUAUGGUUAUGGGGGUCGAAGCAGUUCAAGAUCCACCACAGAAGAAGGAAAAUAAUGAACUGGUGAGAGUGCAGAAGUGCUGUGAAAGACAUGAACUGAUGGUUGAUUCUCGCUGUGUGCAUGGCAAUGAGACUGACACAGGGGUAUGGUCACCACUGUUCACGGAUGAAGAUGGACAAAGUAACGUACAAAUCCCAGGCUUUAACUUGAUUAUUGGAAUACCACAGUGCCCAAGGCAGCUGUGGUCUAUCUACCAUUAUUCAGACUCACAUGAUCGUCUAGUAUUACUUCCAAGUGGGAUACUGCGACACUAUGUCACACAUCCGGAGGGUGUUGAAAUAACUCAGGACAAUGAUUUGCUUCAACAACACCAAAAUGAGGAUGGCGAUACUCAGUGGCAUUAUGACUACAAACAAGGAACUUACUGUCUUGAUAAGGUGGUUUUGACACAUGGGGAGCUGGAAGCACAGACUGCAAUUGUCUGUGUUCCUGAAAUUGACUUCAACAAAUCGGACUUCACAGAUUACCUCAUGCGUCGCAUUGUAAAUCCUGUAGGCCAUGGUUUGGCCAUCAUAUGUUACCUCAUCAUAGCUGUCAUCUAUUUUGUUAUGCCUCAACUGAAGGAUCUAGUUGGCAACAUUCUAACAUCAAUUUCUCUGUGCCUCAUAACAAGCCAAGCUGCUGACCUUGUCAGCAUCUUCACAGAAUUCACUAGCCAUGUUAGCUUUCUGGUGGCAGACAUUGUGAUGUAUGUGAGCCUAAUGGCUGCUUUCUUUUGGCUCAACAGUCUGGGCUACUACAUCUGGAAAACCUUCAGGUCCAGGAAUGUGUUUCUGCGGGUAACUGAUGGCCGAAAAUAUUGCUACUAUUCUUGUUAUGCGUGGGGUGUAACAUUUACGAUGGCCAGCAUUGCUCUCUUUGCACAUUUCAUGCUGGAUACGAACAAUCUCAAAAGCACAACACCAUCAACACAGAAAACCAUAGGAUGGCUUGGCAAAGCAGUUUUCUUCACUCCUGUGGCUUUCACAGUUUUGGUAAACAUAUUCUUUUACCUAACAACAGGGCAAGUCAUCAAUCAAAUGUCUACAUAUGGCAGGAUCCACCAUAAAAUGAAGUACAGCUUUGAACUCUUUGUGAAGUUGUUCCUGGUGAUGGCCAUUGCUUGGUUGUUCCUGUUGCUCUCGUGGCUACACUAUCCAGUAGUAGUGUAUUGCCAUAUAGUAGUGAAUGCUUUACUGGCAUUAAUAUUUCUCUAUAUCUGCAUUCUGGGUCAGCAACAGGUCAUGUUCCUAUUACGCCAGGCUUGUUGCUGCUUCCAGCCCUCAGAACCAGUUGAUACAGCAGAAUGGGGUGAGGAAAUGUCCUCAAUGAAUACAGCGAUCUUCUGAGUUGAUCCGAUUCCACUGAAGACAAAAUAUUACAGUACUGUCUGCUAGAAACACCACUGUAUGGAUGCUGUUUGUUCAGUGCUCAAAUGAAAUUUAUUUUUUCUUGCUUUCAUAUCAUGAGCAAGAACGUUCUUUUACUGGACAAGAUGAAUGGGGUUUUAGCAUCUCUCUUAUAUAUUAUUUUGACAUGGGCAAAUUAAGGAAUCUGGAAUUUCUGGCAGAGGAGAAAUCCGUCUCUACCACGUUACAACAUACUGGUUAACCUUUCAGUACUGCAGACAAGUUACAGCACUUUCAAACUGGUCUCCCUUUCUUGUGUAUGGCAUUAUCAGUGAAAAGAGCCUGUCUUGCUGUCUGUUGACUUUUACAGCUGACCAUUCUUCAGCAUUCAACACAAACUGAAUUUAUAAAGCAUGAAACAGGUUAAUCACUGUGUCAUUAAAAAUAUCACCUUUUAUCAUCCUGCUGUGUUAACAUUACUCCUGAAAAUUUGGAUAGAGUGGCUAGGUCUCAUCCUUCAUGUUAAGGAGAGCCCUGGGUUCACAUCAUAGCCCAGGGCUGCCUAUUCAGUCAUUUAAUUUCAAUCAUGGAGGGGGAGACAGCAGGUAAGAGGGGAGAGAACAGGGUGCAUGGGAAGGCAAUAUAGGCUGUUUUGGAAUAAACAGUACACUUAGCUGUCCAAGGUACAGCUCACAAUACCAGAAGUACAUAAAAUGUGAAGUUUGUUGUUGUAUGAUAUCCUUCGUUAGGUACCAGAAUCUUAGAUCUUUCAGUUCACUAGGUUAACAGCUUUUCACUUUAGUAAUCAGCAUUCCUUCUCUUGAUGUCAUAACUCACAUCAGGAAACACAAAGUUGGUAACAGAAUCAUCACAUCUUGUUGAAAUGUUUCAGCACUUUUCAGCCAUUUUCUCUGGCUUCCUGCUGACAGAUAAACAGAUUAAAUAUUC